GUUUUUUUUUUUAAAUAUAUAUAGGCGAGGGCUGCACGAUAUUUUGUUUUUGCGUAAUAAUGCUGAUGUACUGUAAUAUAUCGUGUAAUAUUAAAAGUGACCGGUAGAGGGACCUAUUCGGACAUGCUAAUAAAAUUAGCACCUUGCAUGUUCCGGUAAAUUGUAACGCUUCAAACAGCACACGGAACAUUUUCGGGCAGCUGCGGGCAGCUUGAGUGCGCGAGGUGCGUUCAGGGACACUGCGCAAAUAAAACGGAAUAUGUUCUUUUGUAAUACAGUACAUAAGUGCAAAAAUGCAUUACUGGGAAAAUUAUUAUUAUUUGAAUGCUUGAGGUAAAACUGUGCGAUCCCACUGUGAUAAUAUGGAAUUUGUUUUGUUUUGUAAUGUAACAAAUCAAUUAUUUUGUUAAUAUAGUCAGCCAGAGCUGCGAGGAAUGCAAAGUUAUCAAUGUCCUUUCAUCAUCGUUCCUGCCAUACUGUGUUGCGUAUUUUUCUUUUCACAUUAAGGCCAAAAGUCCUGUUUCCGUUUUAAUUCCCCAUUUUGAAAAACACCAUUCAAGCAACAAGUUUUUCCUCAUGUUUUUGACAUUGGAGGGUGAAAGCUGCAGCUGGCUACUAGUGUGGACUGAAAGGGUGGCAACAAUGGGGAAAUGAAAUGGCAGUAUUUUGAGGGUAAUAGCCAAUAUUGGAAAAAAAAUUAUAAUAAUGUUCGUUCAAAAUGUUCAAUUAUGAAUUAUGAACUGAACGAGUUCAUUUUUGGAAUGAUAAAUUGAACUUUCAGCCAGUUCACGUAGAAAAUGAACGUUCCCAACACUGAUGCUGUAUUAUUUCACAUUGCAAUAUAUAUCGCAGGUUUAAAAAAAUAUUCGCAAUGUCAUUUUUUCCCCAGUAUCGUGCAGCCCUAAUAUACAGGAGGCCUAUGUUGCAGACCGUGUUUCAUUUGCUAUAACGGUACCUCGUAUGUGUGGAAAAUGCAUUUUGCUGCAUUGAGGAUGUUGCCUACCUACCUGAGCAUUGUCCCACGUUAAACCGUAGAGUAUUUUACAUUACGCUCCGGUGCCUUAAUGUGAGCAUCUGCAUAAGAACAUACCAAUAAAGCGGCAAGUAUUGAAUAUUAUUUUUUUAACGAGCUCUUUGGAUGAAGGCUCAUAUUUGUUUGGCAAAGUUUUAAGCCCGAUGCCCUUCCUGACGCAACCCUCUGCAUUUAUCCGGGCUCGGGACCGGCCGACAGUUUGCACGGGCUUGUGCCCCCCACAGGGCUGCAUUGUAAUGAAAAAACAGUAAAUACAAAUUAAAAAAUGCAUAUUUGAAGGGCUGUGGCAGUUGACUUAAGUACGAAUGUCAGUUUUUGGUGUGACUGUGUGUGUGUGUUGUCUCUAAUCAAAGGAGGGUGAUGCUUUUGAAAAACGAGAAAAUGUAUUGAAGCUUGCAGGUGGAGGCCUCAGGCAAUGAUGCGGCAACUUCCUGUUUACACCGGCGAGGUGCUACUUCUUCUCUUCCUCUCUAUCUUUGAGUCAAAAGACACUGUGAAUUGAAGAACGCGCGCUAAGAGCAUACUAUCUGGUGAGGGAAGCCCAGGUUCGACUGCGGGCUCACGACGCUCCAUGGAGAGGCCUUUGAAGACCGGCUGGCUCAAGAAACAACAAAGGUCUUUAGUGAAGAACUGGCACCAGCGCUACUUUGUGCUGAGGGGAAGCACUCUGACCUACCACAAAGAUGACCGUGAAACGGCCAUCCUGGGCUUUAUCCAACUUCAGUUCAGUAAGGUCAAUGAACUCCCCUUAAACUCAGAUGAGCCUGGGAAGUACAUCUUUGAAAUCAUACCAGGUAAAAAGAUUGACGAAAUACUAGGUACCAGUGGGGACAAGGAGCGAUGCCCUCACGUGUUCAUGGCCAACUCCCAAACUGAUAUGGAUGAGUGGGUCCGCACUCUGCGCAGAGUCAUCGGUGUUCCGAGUGGAGUGUUUGGAAAAAGUCUCAGGGACACAGUGAUGUAUGAGCAACGUUUUGGGCCCCAGAUGGUGCCCAUCCUGGUCCAAACGUGUGUGGAAUAUAUCAGGGAACACGGUCUAAAUGAGGAGGGCAUCUUCCGUCUCCCUGGUCAGGACAACACUGUCAAACAAUUCAGAGAUGCCUUCGACGCAGGAGAGAGGCCGUCCUUCCCCAGUGACACAGAUGUCCACACAGUGGCGUCACUGCUCAAGCUGUAUUUGCGGGAGCUGCCAGAGCCUGUGGUGCCAUGGACUCAGUACCAAGACUUUUUGGACUGCACCAACAUGUUGGACUCUGACAAUAAAGCAGGUAAAGAAAGGUUAGACAAGCAGAUCACCCUCCUCCCUAAAAUCAACUACAAUCUCCUAAGUUAUGUCUGCCGGUUCUUGUUUGAGGUGCAGCUGAACUCCAAAGCCAACAAGAUGAACGUGGAGAACCUUGCCACCGUGAUGGGAAUCAACCUGCUCAAACCGCAGUUAGAAGACCCCAUCUCAGUGAUGAAGGCAACUCCUUCCAUCCAGCGCUUGAUGACUGUGAUGAUCCGACAACACGAAGAUUUCUUUCCCCUUUGCAACGACGUGCCUCUCUCCCCUCCCUCCAGCAAGACCGAGAACCAGAAGAACUCUCCUCGCAACCUUGUGGGCUGGGGGUCUACUGAGAUUGGUGAGAGUUCUUUUUCGGAGUCAACCAAGAUGGAUCAAAUUGACAGUCCAGGUUCCCUGAGAGGAAACAGCAGCGCUCCAGAUGUUCUUCAAGAUUCUGUUUCAUCUUCUGACAACUGGUACGGGAGCCCUCGCAAACGCACCCAAACUCUGCCCACCUUCAAUUGCCCCCUCACAGGGAUGGCGGCAAAGGCUGGCACCAUCAACCGCCGGAGUCGCAUCCAGGAGCAAGUGGAAGACAAGAGUGGGACGUUGUCAGACGACAUCUUCAAGAUCCUGGAUCUCCACAGUUCAGGAUCUUUUUUAAAAGGGUCACCGACAAACAUCAAGGAGGGAGCGGAAGCGUUCGGAGUGCAAGAAGGAGCGGCUAACAAGGCUUCCACUACUUCCAGCUCCCAAAAAACCGACAGUUACUCCCAGUCUGCGCAGGCCCAAAAGGGUGCUGAUCUCGGUUUAAGUCAGGAGGUCAACAACAGGACUGAACAGGAGAAAGAUUGCAAGCAGUCUCUUGACAGUAUGCAGCAGGAGAUGAAGGAGCUGAGGGCCACUGUCGUUGAGCUUCAGUCUACUCUGGAGGCAGAGCGUUGCCGUGCGGCAGCCUUGGAAACGUGCCUAAAAAACACAGAGCGGAGCCGGGAUGAAGCUCAGAGACAAAAUGAAGAACUGCAACGGGACAUUCAACGGUUCUUCAGUCGAAAGCCCCAAACUCCCACUUAACGUUGAGGAAAUGCUAUUGUUUUAGAGUUGAUGUUUCUUCUUAGCUGCUGAUCCCAGAUGAGAAGUUUUUGUUGGCUCCUUUGUGAGCGGGCUGUUAAGUAGAUAGAUCUUUUCAAAUGAUAAGGAAAUCUUUCUUGUGAUACAUUUUCUCGUCCUGCAAGAGAACUAUCAUAUCAAAUAGAUGAGUGCCUUUACGUUUACAAUGACUGAUUGCACUAUGUGUUGCUGUAGGCAUGUUAACCACAACACACAGAGCGCACAUGGCAUCUGGAAGGCUGACAUUUACAGUAGAGUUUGCUGUGUGGGGUUACGUGGAGCAAAGGCUGUUUAACAUUUCAGGAGGAAAGAAUUGCAGAAAAGAAAACUAAAGAAAGCAAGACAGACCUGACCUUUAUACACCCUCAACUACUCGCCGACCAAUCGUGGAUAUACAGUGGGUACGGAAAGUAUUCUGACCCCCUUAAAUUUUUCCGUCUUUGAUAUAUUGGAGCCAAAUCCUUGAAGUUAAAUUUUUGGUUGACAUUUUUGCAGAUUUAUUACAAAAGAAAAACUGAAAUAUCACACAGCCAUAAGUAAUCAGACCCUUUGCUGCGACACUCAUAUUUAACUCGGGUGCUGUCCAUUUCUUCUGAUCAUCCUUAAAAUGGUUCUUCACCUUCAUUGGAGUCCAGCUGUGUUUGAUUAUACUGAUUGGACUUGAUUAGGAAAGCCACACACCUGUCUAUAUAAGACCUUAGAGUGCAUAUCAGAGCAAAUGAGAAUCAUGAGGUCAAAGGAACUGCCUGAAGAGCUCAGAGACAGAAUUGUGGCAAGGCGCAAAUCUGGCAAAGGUUACAAAAAAAAAUUCUGCAGCACUUAAGGUUCCUAAGAGCAAAGUGGCCUCCAUAAUCCUUAAAUGGAAGACAUUUGGGACGAUCAGAACCCUUCCUAGAGCUGGCCGUCUUGACAAACUGAGCAGUCAGGGCAGAAGAGCCUUGGUGAGAGAGGUAAAGAAGAACCCAAAGAUCACUGUGGCUGAGCUCCAGAGAUGCAGUCGGGAGAUGGGAGAAAGUUCUAGAAAGUCAACCAUCACUGCAGCCCUCCACCAGUCGGGGCUUGAUGGCAGAUUGGCCCGACGGAAGCCUCUCCUCAGUGGAAGACACAUGAAAGCCUGCAUGGAGUUUGCUAAAAACAACCUGAAGGACUCCAAGAUGGUGAGAAAUAAGAUUCUCUGGUCUGGUGAGACCAAGAUAGAAAUUGUUGGCCUUAAUUCUAAGUGCUAUAUGUGGAGAAAACCAGGCACUGCUCAUCAGCUGUGCAAUACAGUCCCAACAGUGAAGCAUGGUAGUGGCAGCAUCAUGCUGUGGGGGUGUUUGACUUAAACCCAAUUGAGCAUCUCUGGAGAGACCUGAAAAUGGCUGUCCACCAACGUUCACCAUCCAACCUGAUAGAACUGGAGAGGAUCUGCAAGGAGGAAUGGCGGAGGAUCCCCAAAUGCAGGUGUGAAAUAUGGGGUGGUGUGUGUACAUUAAUGAGGGAAAAAAAAAUGAUGAUAAAUGAUUUUAGCAAAUGGUUCCAAUAUAACAAAGACUGAAAAAUUUAAGGGGGUCUGAAUACUUUCUGUACCCACUGUAAUAUGAUGUGUUAUAUAAGAUGUUAUUUCAACUGAGUAUCAAUAUUUAUUUGUGGAAAAACUAUAUGCUAUAAUAUUGUUCAAAAAUCUUUUGUACAAUGUUUUUAUACUCUGCAUUUUGGUAAAUAAAGGCCUUUGCCUGCGAAA